AUGACCCAGUCAACCCCCGCGUCCGACGUGCCCCGCUACUUGACCGGCGACAAGGCCGGUCUCCGCGAAUUCCUGGACAAAUUUGAUGUCUUCCUCUUCGACUGCGACGGUGUCCUUUGGUCCGGUGACCAUUGCUUCCCCGGCACUGUCGAAACCCUCGAGCUCCUGCGCAAGAAUGGCAAACAGGUCGUCUUCGUAACGAAUAACAGCACAAAAUCUCGCGCAGACUACUGCAAGAAACUCGAGGGCCUUGGUAUCCCCAGCACAGUGGAAGAGGUCUUUUCCUCCUCAUACAGCUCCUCCAUCUACAUUUCCCGCAUCCUCCAACUCCCCCCAAACAAGCGCAAAGUCUACGUGAUCGGCGAAACCGGCAUCGAGCAAGAACUACGCUCCGAGAACGUCCCCUUCAUCGGCGGCACUGACCCCGCCUACCGCCGUGAUGUCAAGCCAGAAGACUACAAGCUCAUCGCAGCGGGCGAUUCUUCCAUCCUAGACCCAGAAGUCGGCGUCGUCCUUGUCGGUCUGGAUUUCCACCUCAAUUACCUCAAGCUCGCCCUUGCGUACCACUACGUCAAGCGCGGGGCCGUGUUCCUCGCCACAAAUAUCGAUUCUACAUUGCCUAACUCCGGCACUCUUUUCCCCGGUGCGGGAUCCAUGAGUGCGCCGCUGAUUAUGAUGUUGGGCCAGGAGCCGACGGCGCUGGGUAAGCCUGCUCAGGCUAUGAUGGAUGCUAUCGAGGGCAAGUUUAAAUUUGAUCGGUCUCGAGCUUGCAUGGUUGGUGAUCGUGCCAAUACUGAUAUCCGGUUCGGAAGGGAGGGUAAGCUUGGCGGUACGCUUGGUGUGUUGACUGGUGUUAGCUCCAAGGAGGACUUUGUUUCUGGACCUGUGCGUCCGCAUGCUUACUUGGAUAAACUCUCGGAUCUGCUGGGAUCGGAUCUGUGA